AUGGAUGAGGUCGUGAAGACAGCCGUGGAAACGUUGGCCGCGGAAAGCUCCAACUUCGUCGAGAUCAGCAAAAUUAAGGGAGAUGCCAAAGUGCGAUCAUACUUCCGACGGGUACUGUUUAAGCCGCCGUGGGAGGAUGCCACUUGGGUGAUGUAUUUCCAGAGCCGGCCCACGAUGUGGGAAUUCGACGAGAAAGUCAUGGGAGCAAAAGUGAAGUCAGACCUUGCGACACAGAUCGAGGAAGCUGCCCGCUUGAAGCGUCGGAAAGCGGCAUUUCCCGAGGCACUGUACACGGCUGUGCUGCGCGCUGGCACGCCGGUCGAGACCUCCGCUGUCAUAGCAAACUCCAAGGACAGUGAGAUCGCGGCCUUGCCCAUGGAUGCCAUCGAGGCCUUGAUCGGCUCCCUGGGGAACUUGCCAGAGUCUGUGGAUCCUCCAACGCUCCAGAAGCAUGCGGAGGCCUCUGUCAAAGUCAUCACGGCCGUGCCCGGCUCCCUCGAGAAAAAGGGUGCCACGCUCGGUGACAUUAUGAGGUUCUUCGACUUGGUCAUGAAGUUCCAGCCAGAAACUGCCGAUCAGCGGCUCACACAUCAGCGAAUCUUGACGCUCAGAGAGCUCUGCGAGGCUGCAGCCAGAGAUAUCCGCAAGCAGGGCGUGGGCGCCACGGGGACGAAGGCCCUAGGCCUUCUUUGCUCCACGGCGCCAUUUCACAUCCUGGCCUUGACGCUGGCAGGCCUGGGUGAGAAGGGUGAGGGCGAUGAUGUCAAGGCGUGCGCCAACUUCAUUGAGCGUGUCAACGCAGCGGUGCUGGAAGCCUUGCCGGCAGAGCAGCUCGUGAAGCUGGCAGAGGCCUGUGCCAAGUCCAAAGCGGUCGCAGAGACCAUUUUGGCCACAGUGGCAAAGGCAUGUGCAGGGGCCGUUGCUAGCUGGUCCAUGGACGACGUCUCGAAGCUUCUCUUCGCUUUAGCAAAGGUGAAGACCGGUGGGGACCUGCCGGAGAUCUCUGAGCUCUACGGCCGGGCGGCAGAGGUAGCAUCCGCGAACCUUGCCAGUCUCUCCGAGACGCAGCUGAUCAAGGUGGUUUUGGCCCUCGGCCGUAUCCCCGCUUGCAAGGAGUUUGUGUCAACGGCUGCCGAACAGGUUGUCCAGAAGAUGACAACGAUUGCAGCUCCGCAGCUUCUCCUGCUCACGCAGGGCUUGGCCAGCCUUGGUGCAGACCACGCAUCCCUGACAAAGCUUGUCGAGUUCUGGGCAACCACCGACGGGGAGGAGAUCAAGCUCAAACAGCUCUCAGCGGAUCAAGUUGCCAAGCUGGCGCAGGUGCUUGCGCCAGUCAUGCCGACGAACGAAGCCCUUUGGAAGGCCGUCGGCUCCCGGCUGCUGGACCAGAAGUCGUCCCUGAGCGAUGCUGGGAAAGCUUCGGUCUUAGCGGCUUUUCCAGAGACGGAGGGGCCGACCUUCGAAGACAAAGAGAAGCUUCUACAGGCUGUGAAGCCGAAGUCCAGCAAGGAUCGAGAUAGGGAUCGGGAUAGAGACGACCGCAAGGACCGGGACGACCGGGACAGACGUGACCGCGACCGUCGCGACGAUCGCCGGGAUGAUCGGCGGAGGAGCCGCAGCAGGGACCGGCGCGACCGAGGUCGAGGUGACAGCCGCGACCGCCGUCGCCGCUGA